CUAAAGCAGUAAAAUGCUCAAGUUGAGUUUGAAUUUGCAAUCCUCACCCUCAAGGGGUCGGGGCGGAUAGGGCCGGAUGCUGGAUCACUCCGGGGCGGAGCGGUUUAGGACAGGAGUUUGAGACCGCUCUGCCCGCGCGGUAGGCAGGGCGCUUGGUGCUCGGCUUUCGAUUGCUCGCACCUGGCACGACUGGGGCGCGCCAGUUCUGCGCUCGAGGGGUCGCGCCUGGCGGCAUCUGCGCAUGCUCGGCGACCCUUGCAGGCGGUGGCGCGGGAUGUCGCGGGCCUCCAAGGUGGUGCUGGGCCUCUCUGUGCUGCUCACCGCGGGCACGGUGGCCGGCGUGCACCUCAGGCAGCAGCAGGACCGUCAGAGGCUUCGUGACGGAGUGAUCCGAGACAUUGAGAGGCAAAACCGGAAAAAAGAAAACAUUCGUCUUUUGGGCGAGCAGAUUAUUUUGACUGAGCAACUUCAAGCAGAAAGAGAGAAGAUACUGUUGGAAAAAGGAUCUCAGAAAACGUGACUUUCAGUGAAUGUGA